AUGGAUGAAUCAAAUUCGAUGGGUGAACAUCGAGAAGUUGCAUCAAUUACUGACACGUGUUCUACAUCAAGGGAUGAUAAAAUUGGUAUAUCAAUGAAAUGUGUAGCGGCGCGAAUCGAAUAUCUGAAUUCACAGUUUCUUGUGUUUGAUGCUAGUGUAGCGGAACAAAUGAUGAGAGAAUGUCGUAUUAUCGCCGAAGCAUGUGGUACUUCUCCCGAUGCACGCGCUGAUCUUCGGAAAUACGGAGCUCCGUUCGUUUUAAUGCCGGAACAAGUGGCUGUACUUGUUGAAUAUGAAGAUAUUCCUACUGAAAGAAGAGAUGCCGAACAUUCAAGAGUUCAUUCCACAAAGCUGGAUGAUGUAGCAUUAAGGAAAAAAGCCGAGAUGAUAGCGAAAGGUCGGAAGGUAAAAAAGCUGAAACGUCAGGCUAAUCGCGGAGCUACAGCUGCAGCUCUGAAGGUUCGACGUUGUGAUAUUGUUAAUGUGGAAGUUACAGCUUCCGAAAUAGACGAUACAGUGGAGGAGCUAUCGAAGUCUGACAAUAUCCCUAAGCAAGAGGAUACUUGGUUUCUUCCGUUGUAUGAUACUCGUGAGGAAGCAUAUGAAGAAAUAGAAAGACCACCGCUUCCUAAAAGUUCGGUUUUCCGAAUUAGGUUGAACACAUUUCGUGAUUUAUGGCGCAGAGGUUAUUAUUUAACAUGUGGUUUGAAAUUCGGAUGUGAUUACCUUGCUUAUGAAUCUGCUCCUGGUGAGGAUCAUUCCAAGUGGUUAGUGAAAUGUGUGGAUUCACAAGAUGCUUUAUCUUCCUUAGAUCUUAUUGCACUUUCAAGGCUUUCCUCUCAGGUGAAGAAGCAUGUCUUGCUAGCUGUUGUCUCACCUGACACUUUAUCACCUUACUAUAUUGAAUAUUCCUGGUGGAAACCCCAGCGAUCUGGAAAUGUAUAA